AUGUCCGACGACUGGGACACCGUCACCAAGAUCGGCAGCAAGACCCGCGGCGGUGCUUCUGGAGGAACCGACCGGGAGCGCGUCCUCCGCGGUGAGAGCGCCCUGAACGCCGCUCGUCGCCAGGGCGCCGCCAUCGACACCCAGAAGAAAUAUGGCGGAACGAACUCGCGCGCCGCCAGCGAAGGCCAGCACCUCACCAAAGUCGACCGCUCCGACGACAUCGUGAAGCCGAAGACGGUGGGUAGCACGGUGGGGCAGGCGAUCCGCGACGCGCGCAGCAAGCUCAAGAACCAGAAGGGCGACCCGAUGACACAGAAGGACUUCGCCACCAAGAUCAACCAGACGCCCACCGUGGUGGCGGAGUACGAGCGGGGCACGGCGCCGCCCGACCAGAAGAUCAUCGGGAACAUGGAGCGCGUGCUGGGCGUGCAUCUGCGGGGGGAGAAUAUUGGGCAACCGAAGUUGGGGCCCGGGGCGAAGAAGAAGGCAUAG